AUGAACUACGUGUUUCUAUUUUAUAUGGUAUAUCUCUUUAUUGUUGGUGUUACAUGGUGUCGUGAAGAAUUCCCAUGUAGUAUGUAUCAUGACAUCAAAUCGGCUACGAGCUACUGUAAAUGGCAAUGUGAAAAUGAAAAUUGUGAAACUGGGACCUGUUUGCUGAAAGGACGAAGAGCGUGUGUUUGCAAAAACUGUAACGAUAAAGCUGAGGAUAAUGUCGAACUGAACGUGAUGAAUGAGGAUCAGUGA